AAGGCCAACCAAUAUUGUCAAAAGAUAUGGGCAAAACUGUACAGCCGUCACAUAAGCAAAUAAUCACUCAAAAAGACAAUAAAAUGUGAACAGAGUUUCCAGUUCUGCCCUUCCUCAGAGCAAAGUCCACUUUCAAAUAGGGUGAUGGUGAUCAUUUAAUAUACAUAUCCCUCCUUCCCAGGGAUUAUCCAGCUGAGACAAUGGAGAGCAAAAUGGUCUCUCCAUUAAAGCCUACUAUUCUUCUCUUCAUUGCAUCUCUAGUGGCUGCUGCUUAUCUUACUUCAUCUGAAGCAGCUGACUCAAAACCAUCUUUUGAGGACAACUUCGACAUAAUGUGGUCUGAGGACCAUUUCACAACCUCUGAAGACGGCCAGAUCUGGCAUCUCUCCCUAGACAAAGAAACAGGCUGUGGAUUUCAAACAAAACAAAGGUACCGAUUCGGGUGGUUCAGCAUGAAGCUCAAGUUGGUCGGAGGUGACUCUGCCGGUGUCGUGACGGCUUAUUAUAUGUGCACGGAGAAUGGAGCAGGGCCAGAGAGAGACGAGCUAGAUUUUGAGUUUCUGGGGAAUAGGAGUGGGCAGCCAUAUCUGAUCCAAACAAAUGUAUACAAGAAUGGGACUGGUGGACGAGAGAUGAGGCACAUGCUUUGGUUUGACCCAACCGAAGACUUCCAUACCUAUUCAAUCCUCUGGAACAACCACCAGAUUGUGUUUUUUGUGGACAAAGUUCCAGUGAGGGUGUUUAAGAACAACGGGGAAGAGAACAGCUUUUUCCCGAAUGAGAAGCCCAUGUACUUGUUCUCCAGCAUAUGGAACGCCGAUGAUUGGGCCACGAGAGGUGGGCUUGAGAAGACUGAUUGGAAAAAGGCCCCAUUUGUGUCCUCCUAUAAGGACUUUAACGUCGAUGCUUGCCAGUGGGAAGAUCCAUACCCUGCGUGCGUCUCCACCACAGCCAAGAACUGGUGGGACCAAUAUGACGCGUGGCACCUCUCCGAUGAUCAGAAGCUUGAUUAUGCUUGGGUUCAAAGAAACCUUGUUAUUUAUGAUUAUUGCAAGGAUACCGAGCGUUACCCAACUUUGCCCUGGGAAUGCUCUCUAAGUCCUUGGGAUUGAUCCAUCCCUCACUGCAAGAGACAUUUUAUUAUUCUUUUUUAUUUUUCGAUUUCAAUUUUGCAUCGAAUAUGAGAUGUGUAUUUUUGAGCUGUUAAUUACUGUAUUUGUUUAUUGGAAA